CUCCCUCUCCCUUAUUUUUCUCUUCUCUCCCUUCUCAGUCACCAGAUAAGCACAGAGCGUUGGAGGAGACUAAGAACUACACCACCCAGUCCCUGGCCAGCGUAGCCUACCUGAUCAACACAUUGGCCAACAAUGUCCUGCAGAUGCUUGACAUUCAGGCCUCCCAGCUACGCCGCAUGGAGUCCUCCAUCAACCACAUCUCACAGACAGUGGACAUCCACAAAGAGAAAGUGGCCAGGCGGGAGAUUGGCAUCCUGACCACCAAUAAGAACACCUCUCGCACACAUAAGAUCAUUGCUCCGGCCAAUCCAGAGAGGCCGGUGCGCUACAUCCGCAAGCCAAUCGACUACAGCCUGCUGGAUGACAUGGGCCACGGAGUCAAGUGGUUGCUAAGGUUUAAGGCCAGUGCUCAGAACGUGAAGGCCGGAGCCGCAGGUCUCCCUCGCACCAACCCACCUACACAGAAGCCACCCAGCCCACCCAUGUCAGGGAAGGGAACCAUUGGCAGUGGCAGCAGUGGAGGCAGCCACCCCAGCAGCAGCAGCCGCAGCAGCAGCAGAGAGAACAGCGGCAGCGGCUCUGUGGGCUUGCCUAUCGCCGUGCCAACGCCUGCCCCGCCCCCCACAGCAUUCCCAGAUGGUGCAGGUACCGCCCCUGCCCUUCCCAACCCUGCUAAGCCACCUCCCACUACCACCACUACUCCCGUCCCACCUGAUGGUCUCCCUGGCCUUUCUCUAUCUCCCAACCCCUCCCCCACCCCCCCUCCUGAGGGUCCACCCGUGCCCCCUCCCCCACCCCAGCUCCCCACUGCCGUCACUAGCACCGGCCCUGCUGCUUUCAGCACCCCCGCACAAGGUGCCCCCCAGUUCUUCAGCAUGAACCGACCGGUGCAACCACAGAACCCUCCUGCGGUGGGGGGGUCUCUGCCGUACCGCCGGCCCGCGUCAGUGACGGGCCAGCCCAACUCCAACAUGCCCCUGGCCCUGGCCCUGAACCAGCCCAAUGGAGGACCCCACUUCAACCAGGUCCCAGCAGGUCCUCUUGUUGCCCCCCCUCCCCCCUCCAUGCAGAUCACUCCCCAGCUCCCUCUGAUGGGCUUUGUGGCUCGGGUACAAGAGACCAUCUCAGACGUGCCCCCUCCCCCGCCCCCCGUAGAAGAGGCUGUGUUUGAGGAACCCACCCCGCCCCCUCCGCCUCCAGAGGACUAUGAGGAUGAUGAGGAGGAGGAGGAGGAAGAGUCGGCCGUGGUGGAGUACAGUGACCCCUACGCAGAGGAGGACCCCCCGUGGGCCCCACGCAUCUACAUGGAGAAAGUGGUGGCGAUCUACGACUACGCGGCGGACAAGGAGGACGAGCUGUCCUUCAACGAGGGCGCCAUCAUCUACGUCAUCAAGAAGAACGACGACGGCUGGUACGAAGGAACGAUGAGCGGCACCACCGGCCUCUUCCCCGGGAACUACGUCGAGUCCAUCAUGCACUACGCCGACUGAAGAGGAGAGGUAUAGGAAGGUCAAAGACUUUGUUAGACAGAGCAUGAUCACACUGUGGAAGUCGAAGAGCGUUCAUGAAGAGUAUACAACCAUCCUCAACCGGUUUACCAGAUGAAGUACAUUGUACAACGGCCACUUGUAGAUAUUCCCUGUUUUUGAAUAAUAUGAGGAGACUGUAUGGUGUUGGUUUUUUGUAUGUACUAUUAGGGCUUCAUUUUGUCUUUAUGAUUAUUAUAAGGAAGGCCACAAGGAUGAUAGUGUUUUUUUCUUUCUUAUUUUGCCCAUUUGCCCUUAUUUUAAACCGUUUUAUUUAUUUGGACCUUGUAUUAUAUAGGGAGGGUGGGAUGGUAUGGUAGGCAGCGCUGCUGAUUAAGGAUAGAAAUAGAUCAACCUGAUGAAGGUCUCUACUCUCAGCCCAAGAGAAGAGGCUAAAUGAGAAUACUUUUUCCAAUAGUUUCUCUCCUGACACUCCCAGAGCCUUUCUAGACUCACACAUUUUCUUUAUUUAAAACCAGAAGGAGCUCCUAUUGGUUAGUGUGAUGGGGAGAUGGACUGUUGCGCUUGAACCUUUUAUACAAUGUCACGUUUGGAGACAUAACAAAGCUGACAGUCACUGGCAAGACAAGCACAUACUGUAUGUUUGCAUUUGACAAAAUACAGACGAUAAAAGCUAGAUAUUACAGUGGCAGGUAAGACUGGGGGUAAAAAAAGACACUAUGAAACAGAUGUAAUUUUAGCUCACCU